GCUGCUCAAGGUCAUGAAGCUACUCUACAGGCCGACGGCUGGACUGGACUUAAUAGCCAUCAUCUUAUUGCUUUCAUGGUCACGGUAAAUAAUCAGGUACAUACUGUCCAAGUCGACGACGUUUCUGCAGAGCGUAAGACUGCGGAUAAUCUUCUCGAUCGGCUGCAGAAGGUUAUUGACACGUUAAAUAAUGAAUGGAAGUCUCCUGUUAUUGCUGUAGUAACAGAUGCGUCCGGAGAAUCACGCAAAGCACGUCGAUUGCUGGGAGAAAGGCACCCUGAGCUCAUGGUUCUCGACUGCUAUGCACACCAGCUAGCAGACGACCUGAUAUCUUGGCUUCGAAGUAAAACUCUAGUCCUAGCGCUGAUUCGAGAGCAGCAGCUAUCAUCUGGUAAUAUAGCUUGCGCGGUUAUUCGCGCUGUUAUUACUCGCUGGACCGCUCAUUUUGUAGCCUACCGUCGACUCAUUAAACUACGCCGAACAUUAAUGGCCGUAGCGAGCACUGAGAUUCUCCGGCCAGAUGACAAAAAAAUGAUCAUUACAGGCGACAAGAAAGCUCGCCAAAAAGCUCUCACUAUGCUCCUUCUAAUACAAGAUCAUUCGCAGCAGUUUUGGAAGGCUAUCGAACGAAUCACAAGGCAUCUCGAGCCACUUGCGAUUGCAGCAAACAUUACUCAGGCAACUCAGUGUCGAUUAUAUCAAGUCCUUCUGACAUUCGGGUUUCUCAUGGACGACUACCUCAAUAAAAUAUCUGAAGGUGGCAACGAUGAAUGCGAAGCGAUCAUUGCUAGUCUUGAAGCACGCUGGGCCAAGGCGGAUCAAGAACUAUUCAUUUCUUCAGUGAUUCUGAACCCGUUUUAUCGUACUACUCCCUUCGCAAAGAUUCCUGCUCUCAACAAUGCCGGUGUCCAUAUGCUUAUUGAGCAUAUGUGGGAGCGCCUCUUCUCUUCUCGAGCACCACCCGAGCUCGAAAGUCAGGCUGAGGACUAUUUAUUUAACAGAGGGCUCUUUGCACAUCUCGACACUCGAGUUGAGAGAAAGUGUGCUGCUGCUCAGGAAAAUGGACAGCUGCCUGAUCCGAUCGCUUUAUACAGCGAGUUUUGCUUUGCUGGAGAGCCAAUCCCAGCAUUCAUUCUGCUUGCCCGGCGAUUACUCUUAGUAUCCGCAAAUUCAGCAUCUUGCGAACGGCUUUUCAGUAUAUUUGGGACUACUCUAACAAAGCUAAGGUCGCGACUAGGUACUGGCACGCUUCAGGCUCUUGCAGAGCUGAAGAUGAUGAUCAGAGACGAGCACACGCGCUCUGCCGAAAGUCGGAAACGCAUGAUUCAGUCGAUGCAAGAUCGAACACGCGAAAAUAUCAUUCCUGCUGCUGAAACCCUUCCUAUUCCUUCGAGCACGUCCGAAGAUCUUCAGGACCUCAUGCUUGGUGCUCAGAACGACCUUAACGCCCGAUUUUAUGGCCCAGAACCGACCGAAGACUCUAGUGCCACUGACUCUUCUGUAGAUCAAUUCCAUACCCUUAUUCAGCAGCAUAUGCGCCUCUCAGAUGAAGAUGAGCUUGACGACGAGCCCAUUCGCAAUGUAUCCAUCAUUGGGAUGCAGAUUCCGCUUCGAAACCUCUUCAACUUCGCCAACAAGAGCUGGUCCGAUCUUUACAAGCAGUCAGCCCGCCAGAACUUCGAAGAAGAGAUGUCCAUGUAUGAAUUAUUAGAAUUAGACUCAAUUCCUAAGCAAGACGAGUCG